AUGCCAGGACCACAGGGACCUUUAGAUAUAAUACCAAAGUCUAAUUACUCAUCUUUGAUAACUAUGGCUAAUUAUUUUGCCACUAAACAGAUGAUCGAUCAAGUAUUGAGUGAAGAUCAUGAGUACGUUUUAUGGAAAAUGAAGAGUAUGAGAACUGGUGGUACGAUGGAGGUUUAUGAUAACUUAAAUAGCAAAAAAAGAAGACGUGGUGGUAACGAUGACAGAUCUAAUGAAAUGACUACAAAGAUACGAAGAAUUGGCAAUGGUAAUGGGGUAGAAGAGAUGGUGAACGAAGUCCCUAAAGGGAUGGUAUUUCCGAAGGAUGUUAGAGAUGAGAAAUUACAUAACGUUCAUUUCCCAAGGAUAUUGGAUCAAGACGAACAGUUCAGAUUAUUAGUUACCAAUCUUGAUUCUGAACAGACUAAUAGGUUUGAAGUAUUCCAUCGUACUUCUUUAAACAAAUCACAAGUGAAAAAAUUAGCAGGUACAGUGAUUAAUCAAAGUGUAACAGAGAAUAUUCGUGUAUUUCUUCAGGCAGUUGGUAAAAUAUUUGCAGGUGAAAUAAUUGAAUUGGCACUUGACGCAAGACAAAAAUGGUUAUUAAGCAAGAUGGAUAUCCAAUAUGAACGUCGUAAAUAUGUUGGCAAAAGGUUAAAGAAAUUUUUGAAAAAAUUGACAUUAUUGGUAGAGAGAAACGAUGAAUAUGAAGAUAGCGUUGAUGAAAAUGAAAGUGAUACAUAUUUUGAUGAUGAUAAAGACGAAAUGGAAUAUGUUAAAAAUGGUAAUAAACUAUUGAAGUUGGGUAAUCAGAAUCCUCAAGAAGUUAAAAUUGGGUUGAUUGACCAAUACAACAAACUAGUGAAAGAAUUCAACACUUUAGAUGUCAGCAUAGAAAAAUAUUCUGAUAACAGUCCCAUCUUGCCUGAGCACAUUAGAGAAGCAUGGCGUCUAUAUCAAUUGCAAAGUGAAACGUCAUUGUCACCUGCCUGGAGAACUCAAGGUGAAGGUAACGGUUGGAUGUUCAGAUAA